AUGGAUUCGCUCACAACCCACCCGUCAAACGCGCAACAGGCCCGCGCAUUUACCUCGCCCUCUUCGCUCUCCUUCCCUGGUGGAGCUGGUGAUCUCACUCCACCAUCGUCGGAGAAGGAGAUUCAGGCAGUCAACGGUCAGCAGCACAAUGGAGGAAAUGCCAGUGAUGGCAACGGGGUGACGCCCGCGACUCCAGCUGCAACUCCCGGUGCUGUCAACCAGAAUAACCCCAGCGGCAUUGUGCCUACCUUGCAGAAUAUCGUGGCGACUGUCAACUUGGACUGCCGUCUUGAUCUCAAGACUAUUGCGUUGCACGCGCGCAAUGCUGAGUACAAUCCAAAGCGUUUCGCCGCCGUCAUCAUGCGUAUCCGAGAGCCCAAGACCACCGCCCUGAUCUUCGCCUCCGGCAAGAUGGUGGUCACCGGUGCCAAGUCCGAGGAUGACUCCAAGCUUGCGUCGCGCAAGUAUGCCCGCAUCAUCCAGAAGCUCGGUUUCAACGCCAAGUUCACGGAUUUCAAGAUCCAGAACAUUGUCGGCUCCUGCGAUAUCAAGUUCCCCAUCCGCUUGGAAGGGUUGGCCUCUCGUCACCACCAUUUCAGCUCCUACGAGCCUGAGCUCUUCCCCGGUCUGAUCUACCGAAUGAUGAAGCCCAAGAUUGUGCUCUUGAUUUUCGUCAGUGGUAAGAUCGUUUUGACUGGCGCCAAAGUGCGUGAGGAGAUCUACUCGGCCUUCGAGCUGAUCUACCCUGUACUCUCUGACUUCCGCAAAGUUUGA